AUGCAAGCAUCCAAAUCGCAGAGCUUUGAGGCCGCUCCGAAAUCAGAUAAAGAAAAGAAAGCUUAUAUCUCGCCAACGGUGUCAUUGAUAGCGGGCGGUGUGGCUGGAGGCGUGGAAGCAGCAUGCACAUAUCCAUUUGAAUUUGCCAAAACUAGACUUCAACUGCGCUCCACUGCACGGGCAACAGCAAAAAAUCCGCUUUCUCUCAUUCACAAUGUUGUCGGAACUGAAGGCAUCUCGGCGCUGUACACAGGCUGUUCGACACUUGUGCUAGGAACAGCUUUCAAAGCAUCGGUCCGAUUUCUUACUUUUGAUUCAAUCAAAAAUACACUUGCCGAUGAGAAUGGGCAUUUGCCAAAGGCAUCGGGAAUUUUGGCGGGGAUGAUGGCCGGCUGUGUCGAAAGCAUCGUAGCAGUCACGCCCACAGAAAGAAUCAAAACAGCGCUAAUUGAUGAUGCCAAAGGGCUUAAAAGAUAUCGGUCUGCUGCACAUGGCGUUCAACUCUUGAUCCGUGAGCAGGGACUUAUUGGUCUAUAUCAGGGAUUAAUCCCAACAACUAUCAAGCAAUCAGCUACAUCUGCGGUUCGCAUGGGAUCAUACAACAUUCUCAAAGAGACAGCUAUGCAGAAUCAAGUGCCUCUAAAUGGGAUCACUACGUUUAGUAUUGGUUCCAUUGCCGGUAUCACUACUGUGUACGCCACGCAGCCGUUUGACACGAUAAAAACGAGAGUCCAGGGGGCGGAGCAUGUGUCAAUCCAAGACGCUAUUUCCGGGGUUUGGAAAGAAUCGGGAAUGAGAGGAUUUUGGAAAGGAAGUACUAUGAGGCUAGGACGGUUGAUUCUUAGUGGAGGUAUAGUCUUCUCACUGUACGAGCAGGUUGCCGCUAUGGCAUCCUCUAUAACAUAG